AAAUGUCAACCCGAACAAAAAAAAAAAGAAAAAAACGAAGGCGGAGAGUGCAGCAGUGACGAGGACGACGGCGACACCCUCUUUCUUUUCUGGGUUUUUGGUUUGGGGCUUAUGCUUUAUGCGCUCGCACUCUGCGACUCCUUUAACACAAACAAUUGGAGCUCUACGCUCUUAUACUCUUGCAGGUACUUUAGCCCCAAUUUGACAAACCCUAAUUUCCAACACUCUGUGGAAAUUCAAGCGGCAAUGGCACUUCAAUUCCCAGUCCCAAAAUUGAGGCUCGAAGAAACCAGCUAGUUUCUGCUCUUCUCAUCCCAAGGAGUGUUCCCAGCCAGGAUAUUUGUGAACAACCACUUACUCCUUGGCGUUUGGAUCUCAUUGGCGUAACUGUGAGGAUUCUUCAUAGUUAAAGCUAAGGGAAUGAUAUAUAUGUUCAUAUCAUUCAGACAACUGUAAUGGAAACUGAAGUGCUGGUAGAUGCUGAGGGAGAAAACUUGGAACAUCAUAUGGCAGAAAACAAUGAACCUGAUAAAGGUCAAAAGCAGAAUGUGAAAGAAAAUUUUUCAGGGAGAGAGGUAAAUAUUCAGGAUGAUUCUAAGCCACAUGUGGGAAUGGAAUUCGAGUCCGAGGACGCUGCCAAGAUUCUGUAUGAUGCAUAUGCGAGGAAUGUGGGCUUUAGCACCCAUGUUGGCCAGUUUACUCGUGCUAAGCCUGAUGGACCUAUAGUGACAUGGGACUUUGCAUGUUCGAGAGAGGUAUUCAAACGAAAGAAUGUAGAAAGCUGCAAUGCCAUGCUACGUAUAGAGAGAAAGGAUGCAAACAGUUGGGUUACUACAAAGUUUGUUGAGGACCACAACCAUUCUAUGGUAAGUCCUAGUAAGGUCCAUUACCUUCGACCCCGUAGACACUUUGCUGGUGCUACGAAGAAUACAUCUGAGACUUUGGAUGCCACUACUGAUUCAUACUUUUCCAUGGAUGGUAAUCAUGUCUCUUAUGAACCAAAUCGUGGAGGCAGGAGCGUCUCCCCUGUAGAACCAAACCACUCAGCAAGGAACCUUCGGCCUGUUAACUGUAUAAGGCCGUGUAGCCGAAAGAGAACACUCGGGCGAGAUGCUCAAAAUCUUCUAAACUAUUUCAAGAAGAUGCAAGCUGAAAACCCUGGCUUCUUCUAUGCUAUACAGCUUGAUGAUGAAAACCGCAUGACCAAUGUCUUUUGGGUCGAUGCAAGAUCUAGGACAGCUUAUAACCACUUUGGCGAUGCUGUAAUUUUUGAUACAAUGUAUCGACCAAAUCAUUACCAAGUCCCCUUUGCUCCUUUCACUGGUGUAAAUCAUCAUGGUCAGAAGGUCUUGUUUGGUUGUGCAUUACUUCUAGAUGAGUCCGAGUCUAACUUUACAUGGCUGUUUAGGACAUGGCUUUCUGCCAUGAAUGAUCGGCCUCCUGUUUCUAUAACUACAGACCAAGACAGAGCCAUACAAGUAGCAGUUGCUCAGGUUUUUCCAGAAACGCGGCACUGUAUAUGCAAGUGGCAUAUUUUAAGGGAAGGCCAAGAAAGAUUGGCUCAUGUAUAUCUUGCCCAUCCUUCCUUCUACGGAGAACUAUAUAGUUGCAUCAACUUUUCGGAGACAAUUGAGGAUUUUGAAUCAUCGUGGGCAUCCCUUCUUGAUAGAUAUGAUCUACUGAGAAAUGAUUGGCUGCAGGCAGUGUAUAAUGCUCGAAAGCAAUGGGCCCCAGUUUAUUUUCAUGGAACUUUCUUUGCUGCAAUUUCCUCAAACCAAGGUAUUAGUUCUUUUUUUGAUGGCUAUGUGAAUCAACAAAUGAGUAUACCUAUGUUUUUUAAGCAGUAUGAAAGGGCUCUUGAGCAUUCGUUAGAAAAAGAAAUAGAGGCGGAUAUUGAUACAAUGUGCACUACACCUGUACUGAAAACACCUUCACCAAUGGAACAGCAGGCAGCUAACUUGUAUACCAAAAAAGUUUUUGCGAAGUUUCAAGAGGAAUUGGUUGAAACUUUUGUUUAUACUGCAAAUAAGAUUGAGGGCGAUGGGAUAGUCAGUAAAUACAGGGUUGCAAAAUAUGAACAUGAUGAUAAGGCAUAUAUGGUCAUAUUAAAUGUCUCCGAAAUAAAAGCAAGCUGCAGCUGUCAAAUGUUUGAAUAUUCAGGCAUCCUAUGUAGACAUAUUUUGACCGUCUUCACAGUAACAAAUGUUCUUACCCUUCCAUCACAUUACAUAUUGAAGCGAUGGACAAGAAAUGCUAAAUCUUGGGUUGGACCAGAUGAACAAAGUUCAGAUCUGCAAGGUAUUGAGACAUUGACUAUGCGCUUUAACAAUCUAUGUCGGGAAGCCAUUAAGUAUGCAGAAGAAGGGGCAGUUGGUCUAGAGACUUACAAUGCGGCAAUGAGUGCUCUACGAGAGGGUGGGAAAAAGAUUGCUGUUGUAAAGAAAAAUGUUGCCAAAGUCACGCCUCCUAGCUCUCAGGCUAGUGGAAAUGCACAGGAAGACAGUUUGAAGACAAGCCAAUUGCCACCUGGUGAAAUUGCCCCCUCUUUGUGGCCUUGGCAAGAAGCAUUGCCACAUCGCUUUAAUCUUAAUGAUGGAGGAGUUCCUGCUGCUGAUUUGAACCAGCCCAGCAUGGCUCCUGUCUCCAUUCACCCUGAUGGUGGCAGUCUUGAUAGCACGUUGGUCGUUACUUGUUUCAAGUCCAUGACAUGGAUCAUAGAAAAUAAGAAUUCAACAUCAGCUGGGAAAGUGGCUGUUAUCAACUUGAAGCUACAAGAUUAUGGAAAGAAUCCUGCAGGGGAGAAAGAGGUACAGUUUAGGCUAACAAGGGUUACACUAGAGCCUAUGUUAAAAUCGAUGGCCUAUAUCAGUCAGCAGCUCUCUGCUCCAGCCAACAGAGUUGCUGUCAUCAAUUUGAAGCUUCAAGAUACAAAGACAACUUCUGGAGAAAUGGAGGUCAAGUUUCAAGUUUCCAGAGACACACUAGGCUCCAUGUUGAGAUCAAUGGCUUGCAUACGUGAGCAGCUAUGACAAAUAGAGCUGCAUUCUGAUGUGAAAGUCUAUAAACAAGAGUUAUUUCAUCUGCUUUGAAGAUGCCUUUGCCAAGCCCCGAAGCCAAUAACCGUAUCACAGUUAUCGUUGCUUGAAAGGCGGCACUAGAGAUAGACAAGUGAGGAUGUAUUGCCCCAUAACCAACGGAUCCGUGUUGAUUGAGUGUUGGAUGAAGAAAUUUGGUUUAGUUGUAGUUAGUUGGAGUCUUGUUUAGUUUUAGAGUCUUGUUUAGUUUUAGGUAGGAGGUAUAUAAAUUGUUUCCAUGUAACCAUGUUUUCGUUAUAUUUAUAUGUACAUUGUUAGUUGUGACUGUCCAGAUGCAAUUGAGCCUCGAAUGCUUUCGUUAUAUUUAUAUGCACAUUGUUAGUUGUGAAUGUCCAGAUGCAAUUGAUCCUCGAAUGUUUUCGUUA